UCUGGGGGCGUCAAGCUAUUUGAAUUAGGGUAGGGGGGUGCUAAUAAAGACGGUUUUUCUUAUUAGAAUGAUCUAUCGAGAAAAAAUUCUUGGCUCUUGAGAAUCCUGCAGAUAGGGAUUUAUUAAUACAUAAAUAUUAUGCAAAUAUAUCCCAAAAUAGAUCAUUUGCAAAUGAAUGCGAUUGUGUGAGUGAACCAUUGACACAAUUUUUCUUUUUCUUUGCAAAUUUUAUGUAAAACGAAUUCAACCUUGAAGACGAGAUCAUCUCAUAGAAGAUUAUGGAUUGCUAUUGCUCUCCAUGCACAAGUCUCAGCACUGGUGCUGUAAAUCAAUACAUAAAGCUUCUUCUGAAUUAUUUGGCACUUUCGCAAUGUUCACUGUCGGCGCCGGAAAUGUGGCCAGCCGAUUAUGGAGAUAUCGCCAUUAAGAGAGGAUUUCAGGAGUAUGAUUUUAUAAUCAUUGGAGCCGGUUCAGCUGGUUGUGUUCUUGCUAAUCGUCUCAGUGAGAAUCCAGACUGGAAGAUUUUACUUUUGGAAGCAGGAGGGGAUCCGCCGAUAGAAUCAGCUAUUCCACGAUUCUUUCCAAAAGUCCAAAGAACACCAUAUGAUUGGGAAUUUUAUACUGAACGAUCGCAAAAGCAUAGCAUCUUCAGAGGUGAGGCAACAUACUUAACAAGGGGUAAGAUGCUGGGAGGAUCCAGCUCUCUAAAUGCCAUGUACUACAUACGAGGAAAUGAAGAUGACUACAACAAUUGGGAAGCCUUGGGAAAUCCAACGUGGGGAUGGAAAAAUGUUCUUGAGUACUUUAAGAAAUCCGAAGCAAAUCAUGAUCCGGAAAUUGCAGACGAUUUUGGAGGGUACUAUCACGGGAAAGAUGGUCCAAUGUCUGUGGAACUUUUUAAUAGUGAUGAAUCCUUGAAGUAUGACAUUGUUCAAAGUGCUCUGGAACUUGGAUUUAAGUUUAUUCCUGAUGUCAAUGCAAAAAAUCACAUUGGAUUCACUUUUGCCCAGGGGAACGUCAAGUCAGGAAUUCGAGAGAGUACAGCAACUGCCUUUCUAGUUCCUGCUAUGAAUCGUGGGAAUUUAGAUAUCGUCAAGUACGCUCACGUCCUAAAGCUCGUGACUAAAGAAGAUGAAAAAGUAGUUGGGGUUAAAAUGUUACUUAAGGGACGAAAAGAAUUUACCGUCUAUGCAAGGAAAGAAGUAAUUGUAAGUGCUGGACCUAUAAAUUCUCCUCAAAUCCUUAUGCUUUCGGGUAUAGGGCCAGCUGAUCAUUUGACAAAAUUAAAAAUUCCCGUGAUAAGAAAUCUUCAAGUUGGGAAAAAUCUUCAAGAUCAUCUCUUUGUACCACUUUUCAUAAAGCUCGAUGAGCCAUCAGCCAAAGCUGCUAAUGAAAGUACAGCCAUGCAAGCAUACUUUUUGUAUUUAUCGCAACAUAAAGGACCCCUGGCUAACAUUGGAACACUUGAAACAUUGGGCUUUGUCAAUGUGCACGAUCCUCUGGCAAAAUAUCCUGAUUUUCAAUACUAUCAUGCAACCUUUCAAAAGGAUCAAGUACGGGAUAUGAAGUUCUACAUGAAAAGAGCUCAUCAUGAAGAUACAAUUACCGAAUUUAUGGGCUCAGAAAUUUCCAAUUGUAACAUAAUGGUUGUCCUUGUGGCGUUUUUGCAAGAAAAAUCAAGAGGAGAGAUCCUGCUGAGAAGCUCUGAUCCUACUGAAAAGCCACGAAUUAUUCCCAACUAUUUAUCGGAAUACUAUGACAUUGCUGCCUUCAUCAAAGCCAUCAGGUUGUACCAAAAGUUCUUGAACACAGAAGCAAUGAAGAAACACGAUGCAUAUCUAACUUUACUUCCAAUCCCUGAAUGUGAUGCUAAAGGAUAUGACAGUGAUCGCUACUGGGAGUGCUACUGCCGGUAUAUGACGGCAUCCGUGUCACAUCCUUCGGGAACAACAAAAAUGGGUCCUGAUACAGAUUCCGAAGCAGUUGUUGACUACAAAUUGAAAGUUAAGGGAAUUAAAGGCCUGAGAGUUGUGGGAGGAAAUAUAAUGCCAAGGAUUACAAGAGGAAACAUUAAUGCACCUACAGUGAUGAUUGCAGAAAAAGCAGCGGAUUUUAUAAAGCAAGAUUGGAAAUAUAAAGGAAAUUAAAGAUCAGUGUCUGAUUUAUUUUGUAAAUAAUUUCCUCAAAUAAAAAUCUUUAAUGCUUCUUUAAUGGAGCUGACAAAA